AGCUAUUCAUUAAAAAAAAAAAACAAUAUAUAGGUAGGUAAUUUUUCAGAAUUAUCCAGGUACUCACAGCGAAAAAGCAGAAAAUCUUUAUGCAAACCACCGGAAAUCAUCAUGACUGUGGGAGAUCUGUCAUUGUGCACUACGAGUCCAUAUUUUUUCCAAAAGAAAAAAAAAAAAAAAGACCGGGGGAUGAUGUAGUUGGGGUCUGUAUCCCCUUUCCUUAGCACGUGGGCUCCUGAUGCUGAUGAACUGUCAGGAUUAGGCGCAUGCGUGUUGUUAUACUGGGAAUUUCCAACAGCUGAGGAGGCGUAGCUAGCCAUGACUAGCACUUGUUAAAGCUUGGAGAUGGCUGAGAACAACCACAACGUCAUGAAUUUGACUUCUAGAUGAGUGACCUUGAACUCUACAAAUGCUGAAACCAAGAAAGGGAAUAGCUACAACUGUGUGUUAAUAGAGCGCCAAGACAAACCUUCCCCAACAUUAUCUUGCACGACAGAGGCCUGUUUUCCUGGAAACAAGUUAGGCUUUGAGCCAAAACCAGAGAUGCUCAUACUAAGGAGUCCUUACGGGCUGCAGCAUAGCUACGCCAACUGAAAGCACCAGACAGCUGCACCUCUUGCUUAGAGGAUGUGCUGCUGAGUGGAUGCAAAGAUUCACUCCUCGUCCAUUGCUCUAAAACAUUAACAUUUAGUGUGGCCCAGUGUGUACAAUUUAAAAAAAAAAAAAAAAAAAAAAAAAAAAUGGUAACCAAAAAUGGUGCCUGAAUGUGGCAUUUUGUGGCAGGGUAUGCUAAAAGGCGUGAGGCUCUCUCAGAAAAGUAUAACAGCUGACUAAUAGUCUGCUGCCAAUAAUGGAUGCAAAGUUAAAAGAGGACCUGUUCCGGAGGUAUGUGACAGCACUGGAGAAGCGCCUGGAGGAGGGAGGGAGUCACACGGGGACUGGAAGUACACAAGACGGAGACAGAAGUAGACACAAGGACAGUGAAGCCCUACUUUCCACAGCCACGGCUCUACUAGGAGCCUACCAGCCAGAUCCGGGGCAACGAUUUCGCAUGGUGCGUUUCUAUGAAGUGGUGGAGAACUCCCUUCGCUCCCAGAGAGGAGUCAACCUCAGGAGCCUGGAGAGAGCCUUCCACACCCUGGAAACCAUCUGCACCAACCUCCUGCUCUUCCCCUGGAAAAAGGAAUUCAGAUGUAUAAAGACCUUCACUGGCCCAUAUGUGUACCAUCUGCAGUCUGCCAUUUCUGAUACUGAACUCCGAACUCUAAUGCGCACCAUUGGCUACACCUGUGACCAUGAUUCGCAGUUCCAUUUGCAGGAGCACCCAGGAGGUGCCACUCAUCUGCGGCAGUUGGCCUUUGAACUCUUCCUGGCUCAGGCAGAGUGUCGUCUUCUGGGAGAGGUGGUGGCUUUGGCCCGUGGUUCAGCUUCAGAACUGGAGGCCCUGGAGCUCCGCAGAGGUUGCAGAGAUGACGCAGCUGGCUGUGCUGAAGCGCUCCGCAGACGUGACAGCCUUGGGGCAGAUAUGGCUCGCCUGUCUGUGCGGCCAUUGGAUAUAGAAAAGCCUCAUUCCCACCACCUUAGGCGAGGUAGCCGACCGUCAAAGUCUGUGGAUGUUACGGAUGGGGCUGGUCACUGGCAUGCAGCGGUUAGCAAGCCUGUCUUGAAGGCUUCAUUGAGUCUAAGGAAGGAGCCUCUGUUUGUUGAUGCAGAAGAGGAUAUGAAGGAUGAGAUCAUCAGGCCCAGCACCUCAGUAUCUCUUUCCUCUGUGGCAGCUCCACCUUCCUAUAGCCCUGUUGCAGAUUUCUUCCCAAUUCAGUCACCUCCCCCAGUGGAUCCCUACACAUCCUAUCAUCCAUCCUCUUUAGAUGAGAUUGACUUGUACACAGAGAGGGGUGGGGCUGGUACAGGAGGAAGGUUGACUCCAUCUCGACCUCUGUCCAGAGAGCCUCGAGAUGCAAGGGAUGGGUGGCUGCUCAAAGCUCAUGGUAGUGUGAAGUGUCAAGGUUGUGGGCUGGCUUGCUCUACAAUGGCCUCCUGCCAGAGGUGUGACAUGAUCCUCUGUUCUGCCUGUCAUGAUGUGGAUCCCUCCCCUUGCUGUGGCCUCCAGGACUACCAUCCCAAAUCCCCACGACCUCUUGAUGGAUACAUUCCUGUCAAGGAAAAGCUCUCUGUCUACUCUAAUACUCAUACUCACUCCCACCUCCAUCCACACCCCCUCACACUGACCCACUCACAUUCUCAUCCCCACCCUCACCCCCAGAUGGUGGAGAAACCCCUCAUGUCCACUAAGCUAUUUCCCAGCAAGUCUGUUGCCUUGACAACUCCAAAGGGAGGCAGCAGUGAGCGAAUAAGCAUGGGGGGAUCGCGGUGUGGGUUUUGCAACAAGCCAGGUGCAACACAUACCUGUGUGAACUGUUCCAAAGUGUCAUGUGACUCAUGCAUGGGCUUGUAUGCAAAAGAUAUGUGCACGCGAAAGAAUGCUCAGCACAACUUUGUGCCCAACCAUCAGCUCAACUUCAAAUCUGGCACCAUAUCUCAUUUGGUGUACCGAUGAA